AUGCUUUCCCAAUCGCCGCAAGACAAGCCCGCCGACAUGAGCUCCUCACUCGCCGCUGCAAAGUACUGCCGCACACGCGCCCCCUACAAGCUCAUUGGCGUCGAGAUGAGCUUCUUCACCGCAAAAGCGAAGGCAUAUAUGCGCUGGAAACAGAUCCCGUUCGAGCCCAUCGUCGCGAGCGCAGAUGUCUACAGAGACGUCAUCGUCCCCCUAACAGGCGUCUCCUACAUCCCCAUCGUGCUCCUUCCCGACGAAGAGGCCAAGCAGCACGGCUCGCCAGCCAUCCAGGACACCAAGGACAUCAUCGACUACUUUGAGGCGCGGUACCCGAGCAACCCUGUCCUGCCACCGUCGCCGCUCGCGCGCUUCGCCGCUAUGCUGGUUGAACUCGUUGCGGAUGAGUGGCUUAUUUUGAUUGCUAUGCAGUGGAGGUGGGGCGCGCCGCAUUUCGCUGCUCAGGAGAAAUGGGUUUGGACGCAGUUUGGGAGUGGGAUGUUUGCAGAACCGGGUACGGAGGAUGCGGCGAUUGAUGUAGGAAAGAAAUCCGGUAAGCAUUUCCAGCGCAUGCUCCCCUCUCUCGGGAUCACGGCCGCCAGCGGGUACAUCCUAGAUCAGCAGUACCACCAUCUGCUGCGUCAGCUCUCGCAGCACUUUGAGAAGCACGCCUACCUGCUCGGGAGCGCGCCGUGCCUCGCCGAUUUCGCAUUGUACGGACCAUUGUAUGCGCACCUGGCCCGGGACCCUGUCCCUGGCACGGUGAUGCGCCAGACGGCACCGCUGGUGUUUGAGUGGGUCGAACGGAUGGGCGGGGUCAGUGACUGGUCAGGGCUGCGUGGGUGCGAACGUGCGGGGGCGGCUUUGGGCGACGAGCCCCUUCCCGACACCCUAUCCCUCUGGCUCCGUCCCCUCCUACAAGAUCUCCUCCCCGUCCUACUUUCCACGGCCACCGCCACCGAAACCUUCCUCUCCAAACGCCCAAACCCAGCCGCCCCACUGCCGAGAUCCAUAGGCACGCACCGCGCCGUCCUCCAUGCGCCUCCAGGAGACAUCGUCGAAAUCGACCGCGCAGUCAUGCCGUCCCCGCUGUGGAUGGUCGAGCGAAUAGCGCAGCGGGUGUACCGGGACGACGCGGUGGGGGCGUGCGAUGCGUGGUUGGCGGAGGCGUUCGGAGAGAAUACCAAGGACAUGUGGGGGGAGGUUGUGCGUGGGGCGGGAAGGGUGGGAUUGGUCAGGAGGCGGAAUGUGUUGUUUCAGGAACGGCAGUCAGAACAUGCGGCGAAACUCUAG